AUGCGACCAACAAGUAGAAGAGAAGAGACAUCAACGAGAAGCGUACAAGGUGCUGAGCCCUUUUCCGGUGCAGACGAUCAAGAUCCAACAGAUUGGCUCGAUAAAAUUGAAACAAUUCUGGCUAUUGCGAAUGUUAAGGAUGAUGCCAGAACUCCAAUUACUGCACAGUGUUUGAGCGGUGACGCUGCCAAGUGGUACAACGACAAAAUAACAAAACGAUCUAACGGUGUACAUGAGCCACAUCACACGAAGAGCCAGUUAUUGGAUAUUGCAUUUAAUAAUUUGCCUCCUAAGCAAUAUCUGGUGGAUGAAGCUGCAAAGAAAUUUGGAGUGAUUGAACAAUUUUGUAAAGAGUAUAUGACCUCCUGUGGAUCUGAAAAUGCAGCCGAUGAUUUUCGUCAUUGCCCCAAAUAUGAAAAUCAAUUUAAAGUAGCUGACAGCUACGCUGAAAAAUUAGAAGAAGAACUAAUCCACGACGAAGACGAUAUUCAAGAGGAUGUAGAGAUUUCGGAAGAAGAUGAAGCUAAAAAGCUUAAUCUUCAAGGUUAA